AUGGACAAUAAUCCGGGUACAUCAAAAUCACCUCCAAUAAAAAAAAAACGACUGACCGAUCAGGAAAUUUUCAAUUUAAUUGAAAACCCUUUGUCAUCUGAUGAGGACUUCCUUCUUAGUUCUGACACAGAUUUGGGUGAAGGUGACUCGGCCGACGACGAUGUCGAUUUUGAAGAACCUGCAGACAAUGCUGUGGGUGAAAUGGUUUUUGGUGAUACCGAUGACAUUAAUGUGAAUGAUACAGAUGAUGCUGUUAUUGAUGAGGUAAGUCCGUUAGUUUUAGAUGAGGAAAAUAGUGUAACUGGUACAUUAUCACCACCACUAAUAUCUCCACCCACAACUCGGAAUAGACAACCAACAACACGUGUUCCGGCUCCAAAUUAUAAUUGGUUGGACCAUUCGCCUAAUGUUGACACUAUUGAUUUUCAUGAAAAUGUUGGGUUAAAAAUAAGACCAGACGGAGACCAACCAAUAGAUUUUUUUAAUUUAUUACUGACCGAUGAUUUUUUCGAAUUCGUCGUUAGAGAAACAAACAACUAUGCAACAGAUUUAUACAUGAAUAGGUCCAGCGAUAAAUCCCGUAUAACAAAAUGGGUAGACACAAAUGUAAAUGAACUAAAAGUUUUUUUUGGCUUGCUUUUACACACGGGCACAAUAAAAUUACCUAAAAUGUCUGACUACUGGAAAACCGACGAACUAUUUAAUUUAAACUGUUUUCGAGAAAAAAUGAGCCGAAAUAGGUAUAUGUUAAUUAUGCGCGCUUUACAUUUUUGUAAAAAUCCCGAAACUGAUGAUGAGGUACCCAGUCGCAUAUAUAAAGUUGAAAAAGUUUUGGAUUUUUUCAAUCAACGAAUGCAAGAUAUAUAUCAGCCUUCUGAAAAUUUGUCAUUAGACGAAUCGAUGGUACUUUGGCGCGGCCGUCUGGUAUUUAGGCAAUACAUAAAAAAUAAACGCCAUAAAUAUGGCGUUAAGUUGUACAUGUUAACUGAACACCAAGGACUUGUACAACAAAUUAUGAUUUAUUCUGGCCAAGGUACUGGUGUAUUGCCCGGAGUUAGUCAUACCGAAUAUUUCGUGGAAAAACUAAUGGACAAUUAUCUUGACAAAGGCUAUUCAUUAUUUAUGGAUAACUAUUACAACAGCGUUCAACUAGCCCAUAAAUUAUUGAAAAGAAAAACAUAUUGUACCGGAACUCUACGUAGUAAUAGGAAAGAUAACCCAAAAGAAGUUGUUACAAAAAAACUCAAACCUGGAGAAUCAGUUGGCAAGUAUACAAAGGAUGGAAUAUGUGUUGUAAAAUGGAAGGACAAGCGUGACGUUCUUAGCAUAAGUUCAAAAUUUAAGAAUGAAAUGGUAGAAACAACUAAUCGACAUGGUAAAAAAAAAAUCAAACCGUUGGCAAUUGCGGAGUAUAAUAAAUAUAUGUCAGGUAUCGAUCGCCAAGAUCAAAUGAUGUCAUAUUAUCCAGCUGAACGUAAAACUUUACGCUG